UAUCCUUCUCAACCACAAUCACUCACUCAGUUUCUCUUUUUAUAAACUAAACAGGAAUAUAUAGUAAGAUGAUGCAGAGAUUCAUAACUGAAAGGUCGAAAAAACAGUUACCAACGGAUUUCACUCUUGUGAAAAAGGCUCCAGUAUCUGCUUACACUCCUCUGCUCCUCUUUCUCAUCCUCCUCACCACUGCCUUCGUCUCUUCCCUCUGGUCUACGCUUUCUACAACUAACACUAAACCGACGAUUAUUGGCAAGAAAACCUCAGUGGCAAAUCUUGUUUUUGCAAAGGAUAGGAAAAGCGAAGAAAAAUCCAGUAGCAGGAAAAGGUUCGAAUUAGAAGCGACAUUAAACUGUAGCAAUAAUGGGAAGCAAAGAUGUUCAAGUUAUCUGACAAGUGGGUUGUUUGAAAGGGAGGAGGGAGGGGUGUGUCUGGAGUACUUUCGGUGGAUCCAAGAGGAUGUUGGGGCGUGGAAAGAGAGAGGGAUAAGCAGGGAGAUGGUGGAGAGAGCGAAGAAGAGUGCACAUUUUAGGUUAGUGGUGAAGAGAGGAAGGGUGUACGUGGAGAGGGAUAAGAAAUCGAUACAGAGACGUGAGGUGUUCAUGAUGUGGGGCAUUAUGCAGCUUCCGAGGAAGUGAGGUCGUGGAAGGAAGAAGAAGCGAAACAGACGAGGCGUGGAAGGAAGAGAAAGUGCUGGGUGUACAAUGUUGGGUGUACCAGCAAUAAUGCUAGAUGCACCUAGCAUCACCCUUAAAAUUUUAAUCAAGAUCCAAUAGAGAAUACUUGAUUCUUUCCCCUUUCACGCUCAAGACGAACCCACAACAAAACUCAAGCUUCACACUCUAUUUUCUCUCAAACCCUUGAUUCCCCACUCUUAUUUUUACUUUUCUCUAUUUUUUUUCUUCUUUCCGCUCUAAUCUCUCUCAUUUCCUCCAAUUGCAAGGGAAAGAAAAACUCUCAGAAACCCCUCUUCUCACUCACAUUGCUGCCAGAAAACAAAGGGGUCUUAGCCUCCUGACUCACACCACCAACAAAUGGAUAAAACUUUCUAACCAGCACCUCCAGAAAACUUUCCAAAAUUCAAUAGAGGUGUUGGAAGCAAUUGUUGGAGGUGCAGGUAACAACACUCCCAACAAAUUAGAGAAAGGGGCCCAACAAAAUUUAAGCCCAAAAAGAUUUGGUGUCCCCUGCC